CUCGGCGCGGCCGGCGGCGGGUGCGCCUCAUGAUGGCGGCGGCGGGGAGCGCCAGCGCGAGCGGCAGCAGCGACACGUCCAGCACCGGCGAGGAGGAGAGGGUGAGGCGCCUGUUCCAGACGUGCGAUGGCGACGGUGACGGCUACAUUAGCAGAAAUGACUUGCUGAUGGUCUGUCGCCAACUGAAUAUGGAAGAGUCUGUGGCUGAGAUCAUGAGCCAGUUGGGUGCAGAUGAAAACGGGAAGAUUUCCUUUCAGGAUUUUACAAGGUGUCGUAUGCAGCUAGUCCAAGAAAUUAGGAAGGAAGAAGUAGACCUCUCUGUGAAGUCAGACAACUCCUGUAAAAAGAAGAAGCUAAGGGACAGAAUUGAUUCCUGGCCCACGAGCAGUGACAACAGUCUGGGUGCCUUAUCAGCAGCCAGGGAGAGCUGGGAAUAUGACUCUGGUGCCAGGGACCUCCAGAGCCCAGAUUUGCAGACUCAGUCGGCCCUACAGAAGCUGCUGGAGUAUGGCGGAAGCUCUUUGCAUCAGCAAGCUGCUCUCCACAAACUGCUCACACAGUCCCCACAUUUUGGCAGCUCUGUAGGAGGACACUACCUAGAGCUGGCCAACACGAUUGUCUCUUGGAAUAAGGAUUUCAGACACCUGGGAUUUCAGAGAAUCUGUCAGCUCCAUCUGGCAGCCCUGGCAUCACUCAAGGGAGAUAUAGUAGAGCUCAAUAAACGUCUGCAGCAAACGGAGCGGGAACGGGACCUUUUAGAGAAGAAAUUGGCCAAGGCACAGUGUGAGCAGUCCCACCUCAUGAGAGAACAUGAGGAUGUCCAGGAGCGAACGACGCUGCGGUAUGAGGAACGCAUCACGGAACUCCACAGCAUCAUUGCUGAGCUCAAUAAGAAGAUAGACCGAUUGCAAGGCACCACCAUCAGGGAGGAAGAUGAGUACUCCGAACUUCGAUCAGAGCUUAGCCAGAGCCAACAUGAGGUCAAUGAGGACUCCCGAAGCAUGGACCAAGACCAAACCUCUGUCUCCGUUCCUGAAAACCAGUCCACCAUGGUCACUGCGGAUAUGGAUAACUGCAGUGACCUGAACUCAGAACUGCAGAGGGUGCUGACGGGGCUGGAAAGUGUGGUCUGUGGCAGGAAGAAGAGCAGCUGCAGCCUGUCCGUGGCCGAGGUGGACAGGCACAUUGAGCAGCUUACCACAGCUAGCGAGCACUGCGACCUGGCUAUCAAGACAGUUGAAGAGAUCGAGGGGGUGCUUGGCCGGGACCUGUACCCCAACCUGGCUGAAGAGCGGUCUCGGUGGGAGAAGGAGCUGGCUGGGCUGAGGGAAGAGAACGAAAGCCUGACCGCCAUGCUGUGCAGCAAGGAGGAGGAGCUGAACCGGACCAAGGCCACCAUGAACGCCAUCCGGGAGGAGCGCGACCGGCUCCGGCGCAGGGUUCGAGAGCUUCAAACUCGACUGCAGAGCGUGCAGGCCACAGGCCCAUCCAGCCCUGGCCGUCUCACUUCUGCCACCCGCCCUGUUAACCCCAGCACGGGAGAGCUGAGCACAAGCAGCAGCAGCAAUGACAUUCCUAUUGCCAAGAUUGCCGAGAGGGUAAAGCUAUCAAAGACAAGGUCCGAAUCCUCAUCAUCUGAUCGGCCAGUCCUGGGCUCAGAAAUCAGUAGCAUUGGGGUGUCCAGCAGCGUGGCAGAACACCUGGCCCACUCGCUUCAGGACUGCUCCAACAUCCAAGAGAUUUUCCAGACACUCUAUUCACAUGGAUCUGCCAUCUCGGAAAGCAAGAUUAGGGAGUUUGAGGUGGAAACGGAACGAUUGAACAGCCGUAUUGAACACCUCAAAUCCCAAAAUGACCUCCUGACCAUAACCCUAGAGGAAUGCAAAAGCAAUGCAGAGAGGAUGAGCAUGCUCGUGGGGAAGUACGAGUCCAAUGCCACAGCGCUGAGGCUGGCCUUGCAGUACAGUGAGCAGUGCAUAGAGGCCUACGAACUCCUCCUGGCGCUGGCUGAGAGCGAGCAGAGCCUCAUCCUGGGGCAGUUCCGUGCUGCCGGCGUGGGCUCCUCCCCUGGAGACCAGUCAGGGGAUGAAAACAUCACCCAGAUGCUGAAGCGGGCCCACGACUGCCGGAAGACGGCCGAGAACGCUGCCAAGGCCCUGCUUAUUAAAUUGGAUGGCAGCUGUGGGGGAGCCUUCGCCAUGGCCGGCUGCAGCGUACAGCCCUGGGAGAGCCUGUCCUCCAACAGCCACACAAGCACAACCAGUUCCACAGGCAGUAGCUGCGACACGGAGUUCACUAAAGAAGAUGAGCAGAGGCUGAAGGAUUAUAUCCAGCAGCUCAAGAAUGACAGGGCAGCAGUCAAGCUGACCAUGCUGGAGCUGGAAAGCAUCCACAUUGAUCCACUCAGCUACGAUGUCAAGCCCCGCGGGGACAGCCAGAGGCUGGACCUGGAGAAUGCUGUGCUGAUGCAGGAGCUGAUGGCCAUGAAGGAGGAGAUGGCAGAGCUGAAGGCGCAGCUGUACCUCCUAGAGAAAGAGAAGAAGGCCCUGGAACUGAAACUGAGCACGCGGGAGGCGCAGGAGCAGGCCUACCUGGUGCACAUCGAGCACCUCAAGUCCGAGGUGGAGGAGCAGAAGGAGCAGCAGAUGCGCUCCCUCAGCUCCACCAGCAGUGGCAGCAAAGACAAAGCUGGCAAGGAGUGUGCUGAGGCUGCCUCCCCAGCCCUCCCCCUGGUGGAACUGAGGACGUCGUGCAGCGAGAGUGAGCUGGCCUCGGAGUUUGCUGGUGCUAUUCGCAGAGAAAAGAAGCUCAAGGCCAGAGUUCAGGAGCUUGUGAGCGCCUUGGAAAGGCUCACAAAGAGCAGCGAAAUCCGACACCAGCAAUCUGCAGAGUUCGUUAAUGAUCUAAAGCGCGCCAACAGCAACCUGGUGGCUGCAUAUGAAAAAGCAAAGAAAAAGCAUCAGAACAAGCUGAAGAAGUUGGAAUCUCAGAUGAUGGCCAUGGUGGAAAGACAUGAGACCCAAGUGAGAAUGCUCAAACAAAGAAUAGCUCUGCUGGAGGAGGAGAACUCCAGGCCACAUACCAAUGAAACUUCACUCUAAUCAGCACUCAGGCACCAAAGUUAUGUCCCUGGAACGAAACUCUAGCAGGCCCCUGAAAGAAGGGUCCCAGGCCAGAGGACUGGUUGGGAAGACAAAGGAAGCUGGCACAAAGGUCAGGAAUUGGACAGAGUGCCACAGACUCACUCCUUGGGGUGAGUGGCCCCAGCAACACUAUUGAUUUUAUCCACAGGAUUGUCCCUCCUCUCCUGGGCUCAUGGACAGUAUGUAAACGAAGGUCCUGUGCACUGUGCUCAGUCAGUAAUAUCUUCUGCUUUCAAUAGUCACCAUUUCCCCUUUUCUGUAUAUCAGUGGGAUCCAGUGCAUUUGUUUUUAUAAUUUUCUAAUCUUUCUUUUUAAUCUUCAGAUAGUGGGCUAAUCUGGAAUCUCAGAUUUCUCUUUCCAUCCUCUUCCUCCCAGGGAAAACUGAUAGACACACAGAUCUGUAUGUUUCUAGCAUCUAGGACUGCUGAUUUGCUUGUUCCAACAAGAAUCUGUUUUUCAAGCCCCACUUCAACUCUUAACUGUCCUACAGAGGUGUCACUGUGAGUUAGAGACCCUCUAAAAAGUUCGCCAUCACUGCCCUACGAUAGCGCUUACAGUCCCAUCAGUUACAAGUAGUAGACACCAGAGAUGCGCUGGAACCAUCCUGUAUUACAAGAGUAGAGAUGUCCUUCAACCUUGCAUUUUAGAAUCAGGGCUGGGAAGGGAGCUCUCUUGAUUCUAACAUUUUCCCCUCUCAACGGACUCUUAUUACUCGCCACAAUUUAAGAGCUGAGAAUCAUGACACGUUAUACAACUAAAAUUCUAUUAGGGUUUCAGAAAGGAGAAGCAGUAUUAAUACUUCCCCCAGCACUACGGCACUAUAUAAUUGCUGUUCUACUGGAUCAAAACUCAUUCUGAAGUACAAUUGUAGUGCUCUCUCUCUCAGGGGCAAGGUGUGCACUGUCAGACAGGAGAUGCUAAAUGUUUUGCAAAACUAUUCCUACUUGAAUACUAGUGCACCUCCAGUUGGGCACUGAGCUCUUACUGUCAUGCAGGGGAAGGGCGCGUGCAGUUGAGAGGCUUUUCUCCCUCAGGAUACAUGGUAAUGAUUGGAUAUUCUGCUUAAAAAGUUUGACUUCCAGCAAAAUGGUAACAGGGCUAGGCAGGACGAAAGCACCUGAAUUUGUUCUUGGAGGUCUUCCACUUUAAAUUAUCAUUCCUUCUCUACUAUAGCCUUCACCCCUUUUACCCUUCUGUUUUUCAGUUCUACACUGGUAAAAUUACAAGAUCAUUUGCUGUUUUUUUCUGUAGCCCCAAGACUACCCAAGUCCCCUAUGAGAAGUGGGUUCUGAUGUCACAGUUAACUACAAAUAGUUGUUAUACCAGGUCACUGCAGGAAAAUCUUCCUGUCCAUGAGCUGUCAGUACAAGUUGGUCUAUUUUCAGAGGGCACAAGAGAAUUCCUCAACCUAUGUGCAACAGGGAAGGGAAUUCCAGCCACCACCUAGAACACUUCUUCCCUAAAAGCAACACCCCUUCCCUGAGGCCAGCAGUAAAGAUCAUUUCAAAAAAGGAGAAAAAAGGUAUCCGUCUGUAAGGACCAGUGUUUGGAUGCUUUGAUUACUGUUUCCAUUCUCAUUUAGUUGAAGUUCUUGGAAGUCACUUUUUAAAAUCAAUUUUCACCCUUUUGGAUAAAGCUGUAUUUUGUCAAGAGGAAGAUGUUUUAGCUGUCAAGUAUAUGCAAAAAAAUGUUUAAUAGAUGAAAUCGGCUUUCAUUACUCUUCUACCUUGUCCUGGGCAAACUGGCAUGUGCAUGCUUUUUGCUCUAGUAAUUGAACAGGCAUUAACCAAAUGGGUAGUUCCCAUUUCCACCAAUCCUGAAAAGUGUGGCUGAAGCCAGAUUAACAUCCUGCCCACUGACCUCUGCUGCAUGUAAAAGGAAAGAACCCACUGUUUUAAGCCUUGUACUUCCUCCAGAUAGAAAGAGCCUCAGCUCUUCUACUCUGUGCCCUAGCAGUAUCCUACCAGGCCUUAGUGUCAGUUGUAGCUCAACAUAAUACUUUUGUGUGGUCAGAGGUAAAAUAUAUAUCCCAGGCAAGAAUAUUACUUUUAUUAAUAUGUAUUAUAAAAAACUAUAGUUGAUUUACUUGUAUUUUUCAAAUACUCCCUAAGAGACAAUCUUUGUUAAAAGGUGAAGUAGCAGACAUUUGGUUAUGCUGUGAAGCUAAUGAAUUGCAUUGAUUAAAUGAUAUCAGGUGCCUGCAUAAUUUUCUCUUGUAUAACUGUUCUUCCUGAAUUUUUCUCUAGGAACGUAUUUCUAUUAACAUCUCCUUUGGGGCUAAACAAUGAUCUUGAUUUUUAAUUCAAAAUUUAGUAUUUUUAAAUUGUCUUUAGAUUCUUUGGAAGUUGCCCCUUCUCUCUCCUGUUCAGUCUUUGGAUCCUGAAGAAAUGGGCAUAGAGCAAUGGGAUGUUUUACAGUUCCCUAGGAAUAUAUUUCCCAUUGCUGAAUUGAGGCUAACAAAACCAACCAGGGCAGAAAGACAGGCAGGAGACUUCCAUUCACAGCGGGAGUGCCAUCAAUGUGUGAGCCUACCAGCUGGGUCUGAUACUCUGUCCAACACCAUGUGUAUCAGCUACCAAAACUGCCAUAAACUUAGAGGCCGCAAGACAGAUUCCCUUUUGAGACUUACAUCAAAGAUUAUUUAGGGUUAAAUACAUUAUGUGAUCAGACAAUUGAGAUUUAUCACACUGUCCCUGUCAUACUCUAGGCCUCAAUGUACACUAGAUGUUUCACUGCUGCUGGAGAUAAUUUUCAUAUUUACUCAUCUGCUGGCAGGUCAAACUGAAGUUAAUAUUCAUGCUGCCUGAGACUGGAAUGUUAGGUUAAUAAAGUUACAGUGCCAGUUAAACAUCAGUGCUUAAUUUUUUCAGAUGCAUGUAGUACUUCCAAGUCUUCCUCUUAGCCUUCAGCAAAUACAGGGAACUCAGAAAACUAAAUUAGAGCCUUCAUGUCCCAUUUCAGAAAGGCAGUCCCAAGUUAGAGCCAAAAGGCUUUUCCUAAAAGCUGGUACACUGAGGGUAGUAAGAAUUCUGCCACUCUGCUGAAAAUCUGAAACUAUAUCGAAAGCCAUCUACUUCCCAGCUGCAUACAGAUAUUAUCUUAAGUGGGAAAAAAUUGUUCAAUAUUUUACCUGGACAAGGCUGGGCUGCCUCUGUCACUGACAUGAAUUAAAUUUCCAUGGCUGCCAAUUUCCUAUGGCCUACAAAAAUUAUGCUGCAAUUACUUUUUAAUUCCAUCAGUUUCCUCAACUUAAAAGUCUCAAGUUUGCAGUAUCAUGGUCAUGUUUUAUAUGAAGUGAUGAGAGCCGGGGAUUUAGCUCACUGGUGCCACCGCCUGCAAGGCCCUGAGGUGGAUCCCCAGUACCAACCAAAAAAAAAAAAACACACACACGAUGAAGU